UACACGAGUUAUCCAAAAAGCUUAUCAAGAUAUUGUGCCAAUCGAGUCUAUGAAAAUUAAAAGCUUUACGCCUAGUUUGAUUAAUGAGCCACGUUUAUUGACUCCUCUGCCAUUACCACCAAAGCCUUUUGCAUUAAUAGGCGAUCUCUCAAAAUACUCUUGUAAACAUAGUGUAAGUGUACCCAAGAUUAAAAAUCUUUGGAGUGAUCAAUUAAAUAUGCCUAAUAUUUCUAGCAGGACUAGUUUGGGCCAUGUUGCUGAUGCAUAUUUCAAUUCUGUGCAAAAAAAUGCAAAGGAGAUAGACUUAAUAUCCUUUGAUUAA